AUGGUGUCUUACAAGAGGUUUAGGGCUCUUCAUCGUCACACAAUUCAGCUGAGGGAAGAUAUGGCCGCCUGUGAGAGGGAAUUGAUGGAUGCAGAGCAAGGUUCCUUGGACUGUGGAGAUGCUUCUCGUGAGUCCGAUAGAGAGAUGGCGGAAUGUAUUGAGCAUCUUAAAGACACCUCUGCGAAGAUGGGAGAGAAGUGGGAAGUGGUGAAGGAAUCCUUACUCUUAGCACAUACCGGAUGGUACUGGAAAGGGUCUGACCGGCUUACAAAAAUGCACGGCCGCCAUUCGUAUGCUGCAUAUGGCAAUGCAGCUGAUGCAGUCGAUGAAUACCUCAGACUAGGAGCGAGCACUGCGCUAAAAUGCUUGCAUAAAUUUACCAACGCAAUCAUCGGUUUUUACGAGGAGGACUAUCUCAGAAGGCCUACACCAGCAGAUCUUAAACGAUUACUCAAGGUCGGAGAGACGCGUGGAUUUCCUGGCUCAAUAGGAAGCAUUGACUGUACUUUAAACGACAUUAAUGUUCUCCACCGCUCACCCGUGUUUGAUGAUAUAUUAGAAGGUCGAGCUCCUAAGGUGUCAUUCUCUGUUAAUGGACACCGAUACAAGAAGGCUUACUAUCUCACAGAUGAAGUUGAGCGCGCUUUUGGAGUCUUACAAGCUCGAUUUGCAAUUGUUAAAAACCCGUCUCUUACCAUGGAUAAGGAGAAGAUAGGGAAUAUAAUGAAGGCUUGUAUCAUAUUACACAAUAUGAUUGUGGAAGAUGAAAGAGACGCUGAAACUAUAGAUAACGUAACGGAAUUCCAACAAGGAGGAGCAGACGGGAGCGGGUCUUCACGAGUACGUCCCCCUGACCGCUUGCCGUCGAAUGUCCACAAUAUUAUGGCUAAUCGAGCUGAUAUUCGUGACCAACAAAAGCAUCACCAAUUGAAAGCUGAUUUGGUUGAGCAUAUUUGGAACAAAUUUGGUCAUUAA